CAUUUUUGUUGCACUGGAGAAGGUAAGCACUAAACCCAGUUUGUGGAACACUGUUUUUUCUUUAUAAUGAGCUGAUUAAAUUUACUUUUUAAUAUCUCAAAGCACAGGACGUUUUGAUUAAAUAGUCAAUAUUUCUACCAGAGGUAAACCGUCUCCUUCCUACUUCAUACAGCUUUUUAUUUCUAGACUCCUUUUUAGAUUUAUGCAGCUUUUCAGAUGGGUUUGAGUUGUACUUUGGGUUUGUUCAUGUGUCUCUGAUCCAGAUCACUGACAAUGUAAUACAUUUCAGCUAACAAUCUUUAGUAUAUAAAAGUAGGAAAAACAGAUAACAAUACAGACCCAAGCUCUGGAAUGUGGGUGUCAGUUAGAGUGGCCCCAAAAGGGGGGUAGGGCGAUGGGAGUUUGUCCCAACUAACUGGAGUGAAGAAAAUCCUCUGAAUGGCUGAAUUGGACUUGUGCCCUGCAGUGACAGAAAACACACUGAUUUUCCCUUGAAGAAGAGAAGAGUCUAUCAAAGUCACCUACGAGUUUCUACCCAGUGAUUCUCUGUGGAGAAGGAACACUGAAAGGGGGCAGAAGCCUUUGGGUUUCCCUCAAAAUCUAAUCAGAAUGAGGAUGCUGAAGAGAGCCUCUGCAAUCAUCCUGAGAAGAGGAAUUACAAUUUAUCAGAGCAGAGUGGGCAGAAAUGAUAGCCUUUUCAGGGUUCAUCCAUCUGUAUCACAGGCACUGGCAGAAAACAAACCAGUGGUCGCACUCGAGAGCACUAUUAUCACACAUGGCAUGCCCUAUCCACACAACCUGAGCACAGCGAAGGAGGUGGAGGCCAUUGUGAGAGCUGAAGGAGCCACUCCAGCCACUGUUGGAGUGAUUGAGGGUGAAGUCCAUGUUGGUCUGUCAGCAGAGGAGCUUGACCACCUCGCCCGUUGCAAGAGCUCCCUGAAGGUGUCCCGCCGUGAUCUGCCAUAUGUCAUCAGCAAAGGGCUCUCCGGGGGAACGACAGUGUCAGCCACUAUGAUAGCAGCACAUCAAGCUGGCGUCCCUGUGUUUGUCACAGGAGGCAUUGGAGGAGUUCAUAGAGAUGGAGAGAACAGUCUGGACAUCAGUGCAGAUCUGACGGAGCUCGGGAGGACUCCCAUUGCAGUGAUCUCUGCUGGCGUCAAGUCUAUUCUGGACAUUGGUCGCACCCUCGAGUUCCUUGAGACGCAAGGAGUCUGCGUAGCCACUUAUGGAGCGAUGAAGAACUUCCCAGCCUUCUUCUCUCCACAAAGUGGAUUCACUUCUCCAUACCAAAUCUGUAACCCUGAGGAGGCUGCAAAACUCAUUGCAAGCACUCUGACACUGGGUCUCCAAAGUGGUGUCCUGUUAGCAGUGCCCAUACCAGAGGAGCACGCAGCAGCCGGCCAGCAGAUAGAGGAAGCCAUACAGGCUGCAGUAACAGAGGCAAGUGCUAAAGGUAUAACAGGAAGAAAUGUGACUCCGUUCAUUCUUCAAAAGGUUAAUGAGCUGACUAAAGGAAAGUCCCUUCAGGCCAACAUUGCUCUCAUUCAUAACAAUGCUAAAGUUGGCAGUCAGAUAGCUUGUGCGCUGUCAAAACAAAUGCAUGAGAGAAAGUUAAAGGGUAAGACUCAUCAUCAUGAAAAACACUCAUCAGACUCAGAAUCAGACAUUGUGAGUAUAAAUAAAUAUGAUGGACUUAUAUCAUUCUAUAAUUUUAUAUUUUUUAUUAUAGUAUACUAUUGGCACAUUUCAUCAUCCCACAAUGCUGUUCUUUUACAGGUUGUCAUAGGGGGAAUAAAUGUUGAUUUUAUUGCUAAAGGAAAAACAAAAGCACUUCAUUUCGGACAGACCAACCCAGGAAGUGUCUGUCAGUCAUUUGGUGGUGUAGGCCGGAACAUUGCUGACUCUCUGAGUCGAUUAGGCCGUAGACCCCUGUUCAUCUCAGCUAUUGGAACUGAUUCACACAGUGAUGCAGUGUUAAACUAUUGUAAACAUAUGAACACAAGUGGUGUGGCCCGACUAGAAAAGCAAAGCACAGCUACUUACUGUGCCGUUAUCACUGAGAGUGGAGAACUGAGUCUUGGAUUGGGAGACAUGGACAUCCAUCAGCAAAUCACAGAGCAGCAUGUGUCACAGUUUGAGAAGCAGCUUUCAUCAGCCAUUCUUGUGUGUCUCGAUGGAAACAUACCUGUCUCCACCAUCGACUACGUUUGUUCCAUAGCCACUAAACACAACAUCAGUGUUUGGUAUGAGCCAACAGAUUCAGAAAAGGCUUGUAAGCCUUUCCUUUCAGAUGCCUGGAAGUCUCUGUCCUAUGCAUCCCCAAACCUGGCAGAGUUGUGCACCAUGAACAAAACACUGGGUGUUCCAACACCUGAAGUGCUGCCAAGCUCUUUUGACGACAUACUGAGUGUUGGUGUAGCUCUCGCACGCCCCCUUCUGGAGCAUCUUCAUUGUCUGGUGGUGACUCUGGGGGCUGAAGGGGUGUUGGUGUGUGGAGAGCAUGAUGCAGGCUCGGUCAACCUGCAGCCAAGAAAAGAGAAGAGGAGGAGGCAGCUUUGUGCUCUCCAUUAUCCAGCAAUUACUGUGACAGCAGAAGAGACAAUGAAUGUGUCAGGAGCAGGAGAUAGUCUUGCAGGUGCCUUAAUGGCUGGGAUUCUUCAGCGGCGAGACACAGACAGCUGUGUUCGGAUGGGGCUCAUGGCUGCACGGCUGUCCCUGGCGUCAUCGCACCCCAUCGCCCCCACGCUCACCUUAGCCUCUGUGGAUCCCAUCAAAGUCCAGAGUCAGUUCUGGCCCAAACCCAGCUUCAUGUGGAUAGAUUAAAAAUAUUUUCAAUUUUGAAAAAUUACUUCAGGUCAAUUGUGAUUAGAUUCUUGCAUGUAACUAAUACGAAGUGACUAGUACAAAGUACGAAGAUGACACAUUUUACAAAAAAAACCCAUGAAAUCCUAAUUAUAUUUGAUAUUUUAAAUUGUUCUGUAAUAACUGAUAUCUUGCAAAUAAAAAUAAAUGAACCAUUUUUUCUAAUCUUUGCUUGAGACAGCUAAAUCUUUGUAAAUAAAUUUUGAAACAUUAUAACAAGGUAC